CGCUAUGAAUUGUGGGUAUGUUGGCAAGGAAAAUUAUGGCGGACGUUGAAAAGUUAAAACAUUAACUAAAUUCAUGAUUUAUCACAUGUUAACCAUUACAAAACCCGUUAUGAUAUUAUGCUUACGUAAACUAAUAAAGCAAAGCUGUAUAUAAUUAACUAUUGAAAGAGGAAGAGCCUGACAAAGGGAAGAAAAAGUCCAAAACAUCGCAACACUAGGGCUAUGGGAGGUGCCGUGCUACCAUGAAUAAGUAUGAGGUACUUGGAGUGGUCGGUGAGGGAGCAUAUGGUGUGGUCCUGCGGUGUAGACAUAAGGACACAGGUGAAAUAGUUGCAAUAAAGAAGUUCAAAGACAGUGAAGACAAUGAAGAUGUCAAGCGUACAACUCUUCGCGAGCUCAAGAUGUUACGCUCUCUCAAACAGGAAAACAUUGUCGAGCUACGAGAGGCAUUCAGACGUCGCGGGAAACUCUAUCUCGUCUUUGAAUAUGUUGAACGGAAUAUGCUGGAGCUUUUGGAAGACAUGCCAAAUGGAGUUCCAGCAGAGAAAGUUCGUAGCUACAUCUAUCAACUUUGCAAGGCUAUAUUUUGGUGCCACUCCAAUGAUAUAAUACAUAGAGAUAUAAAGCCAGAAAAUUUGCUCAUCAGUAAAGACGACAAAUUGAAAUUGUGUGACUUUGGUUUUGCACGCAACCUUCAGGGAGACAGAAGUGCCAACUACACUGACUACGUUGCCACAAGGUGGUACCGCUCACCAGAACUUUUACUAGGAUCAGCCUACAGUAAGCCUGUAGAUAUAUGGGCCAUAGGCUGUAUACUGGGAGAGCUGAGUGAUGGGCAACCCCUGUUUCCAGGAGAGAGUGAGAUAGAUCAGCUUUACUGUAUACAAAAGAUAAUUGCUCCCUUACCCCCUGAACAAAUGGAGAUGUUCUACAAGAAUCCAAGAUUCCAGGGGCUUAAGUUCCCUGCGGUGACAAGCCCUACAACAUUACAACAACGCUACAAAGGGAUUCUAAGUGGUGUCAUGAUAGACUUUAUUAAAAACACGCUAGUUCUUGAACCACAUGACAGAUUCUCUAUACAGCAAUGUAUGGACCACCCUUGUUUCCAGACAGAACAGCUAAUACAUCGUAAUCAAGUGCCAAUGAAAAUUAUCGACACAAAUGUCAAUACAAAACGUCGUAAAAAUGAUCCAAUGGAUAGUCACCCCCAAAUUGAACAGCCCUCAUCCCAGGUCCAGUUGAGUAACCAUAGCAACAAACCCCCACCCCAACAACAUCCACCAAGCAACCAGAACAACAAAUUUUCAUCUCAUGGUCGCCAAGACAGUGAUACAACAAACAAUGAUCAUCAGACCUCCACACAUAAUAAAUUUAUGAAAUCAAAAGAGCGUCGGAAAUCCUCUCCUCAAACUGAGGCUGUGAAAAUCGCUAAUCAAAGGCAAUAUCCUGAAAAUGAACAUGUAGCCAAAUACAUAAAGACGUAUAAAAAGCGUGAUAGUCAAGAUAGUAUGGAAGUCAGAUCUGAUGCAAAGCAUCAUGGGAAUAUGGACCCAUCAAAAAAUUAUAAAAAUCUGAGCAAAAAUGUGAAAAAUGACACAACAGAAGCUUCCCACCAAAGAUCAGAAAGUAGAACUGAACCCUUGAAUAAUGAUAAACAUCGGACGUUUGCAGAUUUUAGAAAUUCUGAAUCAAGUGGGAAUCCCCAAAGAGCUCAGCAGAAGAGCGAUGAACGAAGGGUCGAUCAUCAUCGACCUGAAUCUCGUAUAGACUUGCAUCAGGAUCAAGAAUACCCAAAUAUGGAAUCUAAGUACCUCAAAAAACAUGACAGACAUCGACAAGAUUAUCAAAAUGAGACUGAAAAUCAGAGCGUUGAGAAUCGUAAUGCCAAUGUUCAAGCAAACAAUAUAAAAAAUAGCAAUACAUACACUGUUAAAGUGAACGCUGGGUCUUCACACCAUGCACACUCCCAGCAUGCUCAGCAAAGUCAUGCUCACUCCCAGCAGGCUCAGCAAAGCCCUCAGAUGGAGAGGAAAAAUAAACAAUAUCAUAAUAGCCAAUCCCCAGCAGUGGAACGUAAAAAUAAAUAUUUUCAACCUCAGCAUGCUCAAGAUUCACAAGAUCGUAAAAAUAAAUUCAAUGCUAGCCACCAGGAGGAACUUGAUAGGAUUAAAUCAAACUCAAUUUCCAGGCGGAAAAAUCGAGAUGGAUCGGCACCAAAUAAAACUCAUGAUGAAAGAUUGGCUGAGGCUAAGCUUGCUCAAGCGUCAUUGGUCAGUCAGUCUCUGGAUAACUCAGGGCAAGCAAAAUACCAGGACCCCCAAGGCCAAGGCAAAUACAAGACGUUUCCCAAUGGAAGUGUCGGGUCGGGAGCUGGAACUGCAUCACGUGAUAAGCGAACUAAAGGCCAUUAUUACGACCCUAGCCUAGCCAACAAUGAUCCCAGCAUGCCAUCUGUAGAAGAUAUUGGUAUCUAUAGAGAGCCUGGGGGUCAAGGAGGUCAGGGAAGACGUGGAUCCUCACCCCAGAACAAAUCUAUUGUCAAAUAUUCAUCAUCUCAGACGAAUAUGGACAAUCAGCAACAAAUUCCUGGAGACAGUUAUGAUAGAUUCGACAGAGAGAAAGAUAAGAACUCACUACAAGCUUUAUUUAAAAAGAAGAAAAAGAAACGCCAUGACCAAAGAAUGCAACUGCUGAUGGACCAGUCAAACUCUGAAGGUCAAAGGUCAGCAGGAGGUAGCAAUGACAACAGUCCCAGGGAACUUCAAGGUCAAGGUCACCACCAAGGUCAAGGUUACUUUGUGGGUCAAGGACAAUACAGAGAUGCACCCCCAUACAGGGACCCUCCUCAGUACAACAAACAAGGGGUAGCUCUUAGAAAGCUCACCCAGACACCAGUUGAUAAGAGUAAGCGUUUGCAACCAUUGCCACACAUCAACAACCUAGCAGCUACACCCAUGUAUCAAUCCCAGACACAUGAUUCGUCUCGUACCUCUCACCCACAUAGAUCUGACAAUAUAGAUGGCCCUGCCAUCGCCUCAUUAUCAGGUACGGACAUUCGCCCACCGAAUUGGCCAAAAAGACAAACUUCCCCAGAAAGUAUCGAACAAUUGACAUCAGAUUUGAAAAUAUCUCCUCGCGAUCUGAAACCUGUUAAAAGUGCUAAAAGAGAGAGAAAUCACCCAGACUUCAAAGGGUUGAAAGAAACGGCUAUAUGAUAUAAAUGUAGGCUUACCCAUAAUUAAGUAAUUAUUAAGGGUCAGUGUUCAUGGAUACCUGUUGAGAGGGAUAGAAUCAAGCAAUGGCGACAUGAGAACAUGAGAAUUACAGCGACAUCUAUAGAACAAAGGAAAAAUUCUUCAGGCUAUAUAUUAGACAAGUAAAUCUGGAUACAUUAUGACAAACUGUAGUUGUUAGUGUUAAACAA